CUAGUGCAAUUUGUCUUCAUGAUUACUCUUGGUGUUUAUAAAAGACCACUUCGUACACUUGGGAGUAUCUCACAAAGUAUUUUCAAACAUUAGCAAAUAGCAACCAAACAUACAAAGAUGAAAGAAACAUGUUGUUGUGCUAGUUUUAGUUUUGGCAAGGCAAAGCCUUAUUUGUUAACGGUGGGACUUCAAUUUGGGUUCGCCGGUGCAUACAUCUUCUCCGUCGCUAGUCUCAACCAUGGAAUGAAUCGUUACGUCUUCGUUGUCUAUCGCAAUGCCAUCGCUGCAUUGGCCCUUGCUCCUUUUGCAUUGAUUUUCGAGAGGAAAAUUAGGCCAAAGAUAACACUCCCUGUCUUCUUACAGAUAGUGGCACUGGGAUUUGUGGAGCCAGUGAUUGACCAAGGGUUCACUUUCUUGGGCAUGCAAUAUACAUCGGCUUCAUUUGCCUCUGCCAUAAUGAAUGCCGUGCCUUCUGUCACUUUUGUGCUAGCCGUAAUUCUAAGGUUAGAGCGUGUGAAUGUAAAAGAGGUGCGGAGCCUAGCAAAGGUGAUUGGGACGUUGGUAACUUUUUCAGGUGCUUUGUUAAUGACACUUUACAAAGGUCCUCAAAUUAAGCUAUUUUUCUCUCCUGACACAACCCACCACCAAGAUGGAAGCCACUCCCCUCAGGUUAUCAAACACUGGCUCUCAGGGACUCUCUUUCUCCUCCUCGGUUGUGUUGCUUGGUCAUCUUUCUUCAUUUUACAGUCGAUAACAUUGAAAAGGUAUCCGGCGGAAUUGUCACUAUCUUCAUUGGUAUGCUUAUCGGGUGCUUUGCAAGCCAGCGUGGUGGCAAUAGUAGCGACUCGUCAUUCUGGGCUUGUGGCAUGGGCCUUAGGUUGGGACUUCAGGCUCUAUGGCCCUCUCUACACGGGAAUAGUUACCUCUGGAAUUACAUAUUAUGCCCAAGGAUUGAUAUUGCAAACCAGAGGCCCAGUAUUUUUAACUGCCUUCAAUCCCCUUUGCAUGGUCAUAACUUCUGCUUUAGGCUCCUUCCUUUUUGCAGAGCAGCUUCAUCUGGGAAGUAUCAUUGGAGCUGUCAUUAUCGCAUUGGGUCUGUACUCUGUGGUAUGGGGCAAAGGCAAAGACUAUUCAAACCCAACGCCGUCAUCACCUACAACAAAGCACACAGAGACACCACAGCUUCCAAUUACCUCAUCUGAUAUCUAACACAGAUUUCCUAAGGAAUUUGUGCAUAGUUGCACUUCUGCUUCUGCUGCCUCACAAAUCUGCAAUAGUUAUGUGUGUUAAUUUCUUGCUUUCAGUCUCCACGUUGGGAAGGGACAGUAUCAGAUUGAGACAAGAGGCAGUGUCAUUGGCAUUGCUUUAAUAUAUCAUCCUAAAAGAAAAUAUGUCUAACGCUCUAUGUGAUGAUAAGCUUUUAACCACUUUUGUCUUGGGUGGUUGAUCAUCCUUUAGCUCUUAUCAAAUGAUAAACGUACUUUUAAUAAUAUUAUUAUUAAAUCUCUUAAUUGAUAUCUUUC